ACGUCACUCCUCCGGCUCCCUCAGGGCCAGAAACCGAGAGCGAUCCAAUCGGGCCCCAGGCCACGCCCCCGCGCGCGUCACUUCCGGUGGUGCAGCAGCCAUUUUGUCAGUGGCCAGCGGAUCCCGCGCGCUGCAGAAGUGCAGUUCCCCCUGGUUACCGAGUAGUCGGUUCUCUCUUGGAGCUGCGGGCGCCCUCGGGGAGCGCCCACCACAGGCGUGGGCGUUGCUCCUUGCGCUGUCGCCACUGCCGUUGCAUCUGGACGGAGCCGGAGCGCUGUCUGCCUUUUCCGGCCGCUGACAGGCGCCCUCAGGGCGCUGCCAUCGGCGAUGUCAAGCGAGGAAAGCUAUCGGGCCAUCCUGCGCUAUCUGACGAACGAAAGGGAGCCGUACGCGCCGGGCACCGAGGGCAAUGUCAAGAGGAAAAUCCGCAAGGCCGCCGCCUGCUACGUGGUGCGCGGCGGGACCCUGUACUACCAGCGGCGGCAGCGGCACCGCAAGACCUUUGCGGAGCUGGAGGUCGUGCUGCAGCCGGAGCGGCGCCAGGGCCUCAUAGAGGCGGCCCACCUGGGCCCCGGGGGCACUCACCACACCCGGCAUCAGACCUGGCACGACCUGUCGAAGACGUACUGGUGGCGAGGUAUAUUAAAACAAGUUAAAGAUUACAUAAAACAGUGUAGCAAAUGUCAGGAGAAGCUUGAUCGCUCCCGUCCAAUAUCAGAUGCUUCAGAAAUGUUGGAAGAAUUGGGGUUGGACCUUGAAUCUGGAGAAGAAAGUAAUGAAUCAGAGGAUGACCUGAGCAACUUCACUUCACCUCCAACCACAGCCUCCAAGUCUUCAAAAAAGAAACCAGUAUCUAAACAUGAACUUGUAUUUGUUGACACCAAAGGAGUGGUAAAACGUUCUUCUCCAAAACAUUGCCAGGCAGUUUUGAAACAGCUGAAUGAACAGAGGCUUUCCAACCAAUUCUGUGAUGUUACAUUGUUAAUUGAAGGUGAAGAGUACAAAGCUCAUAAGUCUGUUCUGUCAGCAAAUAGUGAAUAUUUUCGAGAUCUUUUUAUUGAGAAGGGAGCUGUUUCUAGUCAUGAGGCGGUUGUGGAUCUUUCUGGUUUUUGUAAAGCAAGCUUCCUUCCUUUGCUGGAAUUUGCCUAUACCUCUGUACUUAGUUUUGACUUUUGUAGCAUGGCUGAUGUAGCUAUCUUAGCUCGCCAUCUUUUUAUGUCAGAAGUUUUAGAAAUUUGUGAAAGUGUACAUAAACUAAUGGAAGAAAAGCAACUGACAGUGUAUAAGAAAGGUGAAGUACAGACAGUUGCAUCUACUCAGGACUUACCAGCGCACAACGGAACUACAGCACCACCUGUGAUUAGGAAUGAAGCAACCACAACUUUGUCGAGUGAACUCGGGCAUUGUGAGAUUGUACUACUGGUAAAUGGAGAAUUACCAGAAACAGAACAGAAUGGGGAGCCAGGCCGGCAGCCUGCGCCUCAGGUUUCCCCAGAGGCUGAAGCUAGUGUGUCCCCCAUGGAAUGUAUAACUGAUCCCCAUACUGAAAUGGAAACUGCUAGCUUAGCAACAACUACCAACCAACCAGAGACAGAGACUGCAGUCAUCAGAGAAGAUGGCACAGUUACUGAAGUUCAUCCUAAAGUUUCAAAAGAGAAUAUAAUCAAUAUUUCUCAAGAGGACAGUGAUAUAGGAAAUGACAUCUUGCCUGAGGACAUCAGUGCCAAAGACUUCACAGAUCAUGGUCAGAGCCCUGACCAACCUUUAAAAGAUCAGGAAACGCUAAUUGAGACCACAGAAAAGACAGACUCAGGCCCAGAUGAUGAUACUUACAGAAGUAGGCUUAGGCAGCGAUCUGUUAAUGAAGGGGGCUACAUCCGGUUACACAAGGGCAUGGAGAAAAAGUUACAGAAGCGGAAAACCAUUUCUAAGUCGGCAGUUCAACAGGUGGCCCAAAAAUUAGUUCAAAGAGGGAAAAAGAUGAAACAGCCCAAGAGGGAUGCUAAGGAGAACACUGAAGAAACAUCUCAUAAAUGUGGGGAAUGUGGAAUGGUUUUUCAAAGACGAUAUGCCUUUAUAAUGCAUACAUUGAAACAUGAAAGAGCUAGAGAUUAUAAAUGUCCGUUAUGUAAAAAACAGUUUCAGUAUAGUGCCUCAUUGCGAGCACACCUUAUACGACAUACAAGAAAAGAUGCACCUACUUCAUCUUCAUCCAAUUCCACAUCUAAUGAGGCAUCAGGAGCAUCAUCUGAGAAGGGAAGAACCAAAAGAGAAUUUAUAUGUUCUAUAUGUGGAAGGACAUUACCUAAAUUAUACUCUCUUCGAAUACAUAUGCUAAAGCACACAGGUGUAAAGCCACACGCAUGCCAGGUCUGUGGAAAAACUUUUAUCUAUAAGCAUGGUCUAAAAUUACAUCAAAGUCUCCAUCAGUCCCAAAAGCAGUUCCAGUGUGAACUGUGUGUCAAGUCAUUUGUUACCAAACGGAGUCUCCAGGAACAUAUGAGUAUUCACACAGGAGAAUCCAAAUACUUUUGCUCAGUUUGUGGAAAGUCUUUUCACAGGGGCUCCGGACUUAGCAAGCACCUUAAAAAACACCAACCAAAGCCUGAAGUUCGAGGCUAUCAUUGUACUCAAUGUGAAAAAAGUUUCUUUGAAGCUAGAGAUCUGCGCCAACAUAUGAACAAACAUCUUGGUGUGAAGCCAUUUCGGUGCCAAUAUUGUGACAAGUGCUACAGCUGGAAGAAAGAUUGGUAUUCCCACGUCAAGUCCCAUUCUGUCACUGAACCUUACAGGUGUAAUAUAUGUGGCAAAGAAUUUUAUGAGAAAGCUUUAUUCAGAAGACACGUAAAGAAAGCCACCCAUGGGAAGAAAGGAAGAGCAAAGCAAAACCUGGAACGGGUGUGUGAUCAGUGUGGAAGAAAAUUCACUCAGCUGAGAGAGUAUAGGAGACACAUGAACAACCAUGAAGGAGUUAAGCCCUUUGAGUGCUUAACAUGUGGAGUAGCUUGGGCUGAUGCCAGAUCACUAAAACGUCAUGUCCGAACACAUACUGGUGAACGGCCCUAUGUGUGUCCUGUGUGUAGCGAAGCCUACAUAGAUGCUCGAACACUUCGUAAACAUAUGACUAAAUUCCACAGAGACUAUGUGCCUUGCAAAAUUAUGCUAGAAAAAGACACUCUGCAGUUUCAUAACCAAGGAACUCAAGUGGAACAUGCUGUCAGCAUCUUAACUGCAGACAUGCAAGAGCAAGAAAGCACUGGACCUCAAGAACUUGAGACUGUGGUGGUGACAGGAGAAACUAUGGAAGUUCUUGAAGCAGUUGCAGCUACUGAAGAGUGUCCAUCAGUAUCUACCCUUUCUGACCAAAGUAUUAUGCAAGUGGUUAACUAUGUGUUGGCACAACAGCAAGGACAGAAGCUGUCUGAAGUUGCAGAAGCCAUUCAGACUGUUGAAGUAGAAGUGGCUCAUAUGCCGGAAGCAGAGUGAGUACUGCAGCCACAGGAGACGACUCCCCUUGAGCUCACAGAGCGUGUGUUUACAGUUAUGUCACUACCCAUGUAGACUUCAUAUGUGAAACUGGGCUGUUGGUGACAUUACUAAACUUGUCUGGCCAGUGAGUUCUGUAGGAAAGUCCACUUUCUGUAAAGAAACCGAAAACAGAAAUCUGUUGGAUGGGAUGUAGUUGAUCAUGGUAUGCCUUCUAUGUAUGAAUGUUUAUAAAUAUACAAAAUUUAAAGAUGUGCAGUUUCAUAUUUUGACAUUAUUUUAUUACAUAUUUUGAAUGUAAGAGGCUGCACGGUUAGCUUUUCUUCGGUUCUAUUCUCAAAAUACAGAGGUUCUGUAACUAGUUGUUUGUGGAUUUAAAAAAUUCUAAUAUAAAGCAUAUCCAUAAGAUGCAUAAGUAUAUUAUAUUUUAAAAUGCUUUAGAUCUAUGAUUCUUGACUUACUAUUUAUUUUAACUGCUUCUAAGUCAGAGAAUCUAGUCUGUCUUGAAGCACUUGAGUUCUGUGUUGUAAUCAAGUUUGCAUAAUUUAUUUAUCUGUAUGGGGACUCACAAAUGCAAAGCUAAUUUUACAAUACCAUUAAAAUGCAUGAGAUGUCUAUUAAAGCCUUACUAUACUAUCUCUUCAAGGCAAGUAAUUGGCCAUGAGAAAAGAGUACUGUUAUUAAACACUGUUGAUGGGAAGUUUCUGCUUGAUAACAUUGGACUAUAAAUGGAAAAAAAUCAAAACUGAUUAUUUUGCUGAAGAACGAACAAGUUAUCGAAGAAGUUAUGUUUGGUAUGUUUUAGCUUUUGUAUCAUGUUUGUUUAAAUUUGUUGAAAAAUUUCAUCUGUAGUGACUAUGGAUGCUAUAUAAUUGUUAGAUAAUUUCAAAAUGUUUAAAAUUCUCAAUUCAGCCCUCAUUAUACUGUGUUACACAAAAAAAAAGUUGAUUAUGGUACUAUCAAAUUGCUGGACAUAUUUUGAAAAGUUACCUUAAAACUAAAUUAUAUUCAUUCAUGUGUUUGAUUUUUUUUUUUAAUUUCUCACCUUUCUGAGUUGUCAGAUUUUGAAAAUAACUAUGGGGAGAUGGCCACAUUUCUCUCUAGAAAACUAUUGUUCAAGCUAUAAUUGUUAAAAUUAAGCUUUUAGAUAUUAGAAGCUUUCUUAAAAUAUAAAAUUAAGAUAUAAACAGAUCAUAUGUAAAUCAUUCCUAAAGCACAAGAAAUGAAUGUGCCUUGAUGUACAUAUAUAAUAUUAAGAUGCUUAAUCCAGUUUACUUUAAAAAAAAUGGCUUUAAGGUUAAGGAGUAAAUGUUAUAGCCCUGCAUGCAUUUUCUUGCAUAUGUAAUGUGUGCAUUUGCAAAUUUAUUGUUGUUUUAAUAGCUAUGCGGCUUUCAGUCUUAAAAGUGAAUCUGUAUACAGCCUACAACUUCAUAUAGGCUAUUCACUGGUCAUUUACAUCAGUUACUGAAAAAGUAUUUCAAUGCAAUUAAAAUUUGAAAUUGUCGUUUAUGUUCUGUUUUCACCAUUGUUGUUAGAUUUAGUUAAAUGUAUAAGAUCAUUAAUGUAUAUCAGAAAUAUUUAAAUAAAAGAUGUUCAAUCUUGUUAAA